UUUUUCAACCAGCCAUUGACCCAGUACUGUCCGAAGAGGCGAAGACCCCGCCGCCGCGGCGCCUGCCUUUGUCUGUGUCGGUCUAGUCCCGACGGAACCAUAGACCAAAGUCUAUUGAGAAAGCAUUAAAACAGAAUCCUCCACUACCACUAAAUUGGAAAGAAAAUUAACUGUAAUUUUAAUUUACCAGAGAGGCAAUGAGCAGAAUGCGAAUUCACCCUUUUCCUCUCUAUAAUUUAUUUGCAAGUUUCUGAGAAUUAUUGGUCACGGGUGCGCGGCAACUCUUUGAAUGGCUGCCUCAACCACCACCACCAUCUGUGUAAAUGUCACUCUGAGAAGGAAGAAAUCUCUCACCCCUCGCUAUUUCUCCUUUUGUGGUAAUACUAAUGUAUUUACUACGCGACAUAUGGUGAAUUUGAACACGGUGUUGCGGUGCGUCGCCUCCUCGGAGGGUGGUGUGUUUUCCGUCACUUCCCCCAGUCAGUUCGACGUCGACUACCUUGGUCAGAGCACCAAAGGGGAUCUUAACCUUAAUCCCAACUUGGGAACUGAUGAGGAGGCAGGUUUGCAAGGGCCCAUUGAGGAAGUGGCAAGGAUGGAAGCUCAAGGGGCCGAAAACUUGCUUAAUCACUUGGGCAUUCUGGAUCCAUUAUCUGCAAGACAUUCUCCCCAUGGCAUAUUCUGUACCCGCACUCUAAAUCUGCGUUCCAUCAGUGCCAUUGGAUAUGACAUGGAUUACACGUUGAUGCACUAUAAUGUGAUGGCUUGGGAGGGAAGGGCUUAUGACUACUGUAUGGAUAACUUGAAAAAUAUGGGUUUUCCUGUUGAUGGACUGGCAUUUGAUCCUGAACUGGUUAUUAGAGGCCUUGUAAUAGACAAGGAGAAGGGAAACUUAGUGAAGGCAGAUCGUUUUGGAUAUAUUAAAAGGGCUAUGCAUGGCACAAGAAUGUUAUCUACUAGGGAAGUGAGUGAGAUGUACGGGAGAGAACUUGUGGAUCUGCGUAAGGAGAGUCGGUGGGAGUUCCUCAAUACACUAUUCUCUGUAUCAGAAGCAGUGGCUUAUAUGCAGAUGGUGGAUAGAUUGGAUGAAGGAGUUAUAGCAGAAGAUCUUGGUCCACUUGAAUAUAAAGGACUGUACAAGGCUGUUGGUAAAGCGCUCUUCCGGGCACAUGUGGAAGGUCAGCUAAAGAGUGAGAUAAUGUCAAAUCCUGAAUUGUUUGUUGAACCUGAUCCUGAUCUACCUUUAGCACUGUUAGAUCAAAAGGAGGCUGGCAAAAGACUCUUGCUUAUUACCAAUUCAGAUUAUCAUUACACUGACAAAAUGAUGCAGCAUUCUUUCAAUCGAUUUCUUCCGAAUAAUAUGAUCUGGCGAGAUUUGUUUGACAUGGUAAUAGUCUCUGCCAGGAAGCCAGAAUUUUUUCAGAUGUCACACCCCAUGUAUGAAGUGGUGACUGGUGAAGGUCUAAUGCGCCCAUGUUUCAAGGCUUAUCCAGGGGGCUUGUACUCUGGAGGAAGUGCUCAGAUGGUCGAGAAUUCCCUUGGCAUUCAUGGAGAUGAAAUUUUAUAUGUUGGUGAUCAUAUAUAUACAGAUGUUAGCCAAUCCAAAGUCCAUCUUCGGUGGAGGACAGCGUUGAUUUGCCGUGAACUAGAACAGGAGUAUAGUGCUUUAAUUCAUAAUGAAAGUCAUCGGGCCAAGCUGGUAGAGCUUAUAAAUCAAAAGGAGGUUGUUGGGGAUCUAUUCAACCAACUCCGCCUUGCUCUACAGAGGCGAACUAAAGGGCGCCCUGCUCAAACUCUUGCUGCCACUCGUAUGGAUGAUAAGGAACUCACAGAAAGCAUACAGAAGCUACUCAUUGUAAUGCAAAGACUAGAUGAGAAAAUUGCUCCGAUGCUGGAAGAAGAUGGAGAGCACUUCAAUAAAAGGUGGGGUUUUCUUUCUAGAGCAGGUCUGUGGGACAAGAGCCACUUAAUGAGACAAAUUGAGAAGUACGCCGACAUUUACACGUCCAGGGUUUCUAAUUUUCUCCACUAUACCCCGUUCAUGUAUUUCCAUGCCCAGGAACAGUCGCUUGCUCAUGAUUCAUAUUCAUUUCAUCGAUUAGGUGAUGACAAGAAUGGCUGAGUUUCUAUAUGAGCUUAUUUAUAAAUGGUUUGUAGUGAAUGUUAAUGUAGAUACAUGUCCUCCCCGAUCCCACAUGGAAUAUGUAGUCGACCAUACUUCGGUUUGGCCACACAAGAUUGACUGGCUAUCGUUAAUUGGGACACGAGCAAAACAACAAUGGUUGUAACUCUUGAGGAAAUUAAAUAGGUAACCAAAGAUUUCAUUGAACUAUUAUUGUACUUGUAGUAAUCUCUAAUGUUUGAUCCUUUUUGCACUUCUA